AUGGAGCUUUGGUUGGUGUGUUUGGGGCUAGUGCUGCGUCUGCUGAACGUGCUGCUCAAACCGAUCGUCGCGUUUAUCGGUGGCCCGAAGCGGACCACCCCAUUUCCGGAGAUACGCAACGAUAUGCUCAACAUACCGGCAGUCGAUCUGGCCGAGCGGAUACGCAACAAGGAGCUUCGAUCGGAGGAUGUCGUGCGUGCGUACAUCGAUCGCAUCCGCGAGGUUAAUCCACUGAUCAAUGCCGUGGUGGAGGAACGAUUUGGUGCCGCGAUCGAGGAAGCACGCAAAGCGGACGUGCUGAUCAGUGAAACGCAACCACUGUGGCUGAUCAAAAACUACCCACUGCUCGGCGUUCCGUUCACGGUGAAGGAAUCCUGUGCCCUGCGUGGUGCACCGCUGACCGGUGGUUCGCUCGCUCGGAAGGGUGUGCGAGCGAUCGUGGAUGGAGAGGCGGUAGCGCAUCUUAAAGCGGCCGGUUGCAUUCCGCUGCUCGUGUCCAACACGCCCGAGUACUGUUUGAACUGGGAAUCGUACAACCAUGUGACGGGCCGAACACUUAACCCGUACGACAAUCGACGGACGGCCGGUGGCUCGUCGGGCGGUGAAGGUGCACUGAUCGGUUCGGGAGCUUCCCUGUUCGGUGUUGGUAGCGAUGUGGCCGGAUCUAUCCGUGUGCCGGCACACUUUAACGGUAUCUUUGGACACAAACCGACGGCAGGCGCGAUCUCUAUCGACGGACACUUUCCCAUGUCGACGGAUGAAAAGUUUGCCCGAUUGCUUACGGUCGGCCCGAUGGCACGGUACGCGAAGGAUCUGCCUACAUUGGUGCACAUUAUGGCUGGGUCGAAUGCGGGCCGGCUACGACUAGACGAAUCCGUCCACACAAAAGACAUACGCAUCCUGUACGCCGAAGAUAUGGGCUUCAAUCUGGGCCACAUCCCGGUGGACGACGACAUUAAGAUGGCGCUGUAUCGGGCGGUGCAGUACUUUAAAGGGCACGGUCUGUCGACGGAGCGGGCCGAGUUUGAGCAUAUGGCCGAAGGGAUGGAGCUUGCGUUCAGUGUGCUGCAGUCGCUGAACGACGUGCCGAGCAUCUUUCACAAUCCGGACAAUCCGAAAGCUACCCCCAGCCUGAUGGUGGAGCUGGUACGGUGCGCUCUCGGUCUGUCGCAGUACAGCCUCGCCGGUAUCAUGUUCUAUGUGAUAUUCGCGCUGAAGAACUUUUUCUCUGCCGAAGCACUCGAAAAGUAUCUGGAGCUGGCGGCAGGAUUACGCACGCAGAUGAUCGAAACACUCGGAACCGAUGGGGUGUUUUUCUUCCCUACCUACCCAACAGCUGCCCUGCGCCACUACGAAUCGUUCGGCCACAUUAUGGGCGUUGGGUACACGAUGCUGUUCAACUCGCUCGGGCUACCGGCCACCCACGUGCCGCUCGGGUUGGAUCGAAAUGGGCUACCGAUCGGGAUACAGGUUGUGGCCGCACCGUACCAGGAUCGGUUAGGACUUUGCAUCGCCCGCGAACUGGAAGCGGCUUUCGGUGGUUGGCGUGCGCCGAAGUGA